ACCGGUCGGUCUGUCGUUCCCUGCCUCUCGCUCUGUCUGCGCCACGUUUCACUCGCGCGGAGUGUAAACGAAUAUCGAAGGAAGCGAUGUUGUCCUUGCGCGCGAUUCGGUAACCGCCUCGGUCAGUGUCACCAGUGCCAUUCGUUGUCGCGCGCGUGUGAUGUGGAGCAUCGCGGCUCGGAGCUAGCAGAGAGGAUGCAUCGGUAUCGGCGUGUCGAGGACAGAAACCGUUGCCGCUGUUAUUAUCGACGCCCGUAGAAAGAGACGCGCGUUUCAGAGUAGACCGGACCCCCCCCCCAGGAAGAAGCGUGCGAGGUGAUGUUGCUGGAGUCGCGAGGUCUCGCCGGUAGGAAGAGAAACGGACUGACACUGACUUCGUUCGGCGGCGGCGGCGGUGGAGGCGGCGGCGGCGGCGGCGGUGGCGGCGGCGGAGGAGCCGGUAGCGAGGAGGACGACGAGGAAUCUCGACACCUCUACCUGGGCAGGAAGAUGGAGGGCACCGCCGCCUCCGCGGUUCCCACCGGGCUGUCAGCUGGAGAUGACGGUGACGAAAGCUCCAGCCCGUCGCCGAACAGCAGCCUCCUCAACAAUCUCAACAACAAUUGCAAUUCGAACCGGCAAUGCGCGACUGACUUUAGCAUCGCCGCGAUCAUGGCGCGGGACUCGCGUCAACAGCAGAUGCAGCAGCAACACCGGCAGCAGCAGGCCGUCGGCGGUGGGAAACUGCAUCAGCAUGAAAGGGAAGCCAGCGGUUCAGGGGUGGUGCGCGGUGCUCCGGCAGUGCCGGAGACGAUCAAUGCGGAGGAUGAGCCGGAAACAGACGACACCGGCAGCACGAGCGGCAAAGGCGGCUCGCCGGUGAACCCUCUCCUGCAGGAGCGCUCGAAUUGCGAGGAGCUGAGGCAUGUGGUCUGCCACCUGGAAACGAAGGAUCUCUGGGACAAGUUCAACGAGCUCGGCACGGAGAUGAUCAUCACGAAGACAGGCAGGCGGAUGUUCCCGACAUGCCGCGUCUCGUUCAACGGUCUGAAGGCGGAUAGUCGAUAUGCCGUCCUGAUGGACAUCGUGCCGGUUGACAAUAAGAGAUAUCGGUACGCAUAUCACAGAAGCUGCUGGUUGGUGGCCGGCAAGGCAGAUCCGCCGGCACCAGCGCGGCUCUACGUCCAUCCGGAUUCGCCUUUCACGGGCGAACAGCUUCGAAAGCAGGUCGUCUCCUUUGAGAAAGUCAAGCUCACCAACAACGAUAUGGACAGGCACGGGCAUCUGGUGCUGAACUCAAUGCACAAGUACCAGCCAAGGAUCCACCUGGUGAAGCGGCCGGACUCCGGCACGGCGAAGCCGAUCGUGGACCUCGAGAAGGAACCGCACAAGACCUUUAUAUUCCCGGAGGCCAUAUUCACCGCUGUCACCGCCUAUCAGAAUCAGCUCAUCACGAAGCUCAAGAUCGACAGUAAUCCGUUUGCGAAGGGCUUUCGGGACUCCUCUCGCCUCACCGACUUCGAAAGCUUCCCUUUCAGGGAGACGAUGGAGUCGAUGUUGGCGGAGCAGCAGUCGCUGAGGUUUCCGCCUCGUCUGCCCUUUGAGAUGGAACAGCUCCAGGCUGGCGCGGUCAGCAAUCUCAGCCUGGAGGAGAAGGCCCUAUGGGCGGCGCGCUCUCAAAUGUUGCUGAGGGCGGCGGCGGCGGUCGCGGUGAGCCCCUACGCCCAAUUGGUCAGCCCGGCCUUGGUCUACCCAGGCGCCCAGGCGACAGCCAGCACCAGCCACCAGCAGCAGCAGCAGCAGCAACAGCAGCAGCAGCAACAGCUCGGCCACCUCUGGUGGGCCUCGUCCAUCGGGCCGACUCUCUUCGCGGCGGCGCACCAUCAGCAGCAGCUGGCCGCCUCCAGCUCCCAGCAGAAUCCGACGGGGCCGGCGGCGCCUCGGCCGCUUUACCCGUCUCCUCUCGCCCUGGCGCAUCACCGAUUCUCGCCCUACCACACGGCGACCGCCUCCAAGUCCUCGACGCCGGCCGCGCCGUCGCCGUCGCCGUCCAGAAGAGCCACCCCCUCGCCUACGGACAGUCUCAGCAGGGAGGCCCAGGACCUCUCACCCUCGUAGUCCCGUUCUUUUCAUAGAGAAGGAUGGACUCCAGCUGGGCCUCGAUCCUUCGCGGUGGUGAGGCCUUUUCGCGGAACGCGAUAUUCUCUCGCGAGGACGUCUCGUCUCGCUUUUCACUUCCUUCUCUCUUAAUUGCAAUGUCUGUCCGUGCGAGAAAAUAUAACAUUGGUUGGUUUGCGACGAGGAGAUCGAUUCUCGUCGCGCGAAAGAAUUCUCUCCGAAGGGAGAGGGAGGCGUCGGGAGGAGGAUAUCGGACCGAAACCCGCGGCAUGAAUAGCGACGAUAAUUGUGGUGUCAAAGGUUCUCGCGGUUGGCGUCUGUCCUUCUCACGCCUAGGACGAAAAGAAACGUAAGGCUCUCUCUCUCUCUCUCUUUCCGCGCGAGAACGCUGUGGUCGCGACUGAACUCUCGACCUUUCGCGAACAUGGUGGCAAGUACAGAAGACUCGACGUGACUCGACGAUUCCGUUGUCUCCCGGCUGAGAGAGAGAGGAUCUCUGUAGCAUAUUAUGUAUCUACGCAUCGAUCGACGAUCGGAAGUGAUAGGGCCGCGCCGCCAUUUUGGUAGUCAGGAUGCAUCUACGAAUGCAACGCUGCACGAGAAAAUUCGCGGGAAAGAGAGGUAUUAUUAACCGUCUGUUUUUUAUGCGAGUGAAAGAUAUAUUUCACACACGCGCAAAUUCAUUCCUCGCGGCGAUUGUGAAGAUAUUCAAUCGGAUGAUUUGUCUUCUAGUCAAAUGUUUUGUUAAUUGAGCAAAUUGCUCGCAUUGUGUUAUCUAUCUUUUCUUCGUACGUACCUGAAAUUUUGGCAAAAAAGAAUACCUCGAUUUGUUCGAAUGUAUUUUCAGCCUGAUCAUAUCCGUCAAAGAGGUUUUGCAGCACGUCUCUUUAUGCGUCUUCAACAAUGAUCGAAAGGACCGAUUCGCAUUUUCUAAAACGAUACGCACCAAGACGUUGUAAAUAUAUAAGCAUUCUGCUUCUCGAGGCGGUAUGAUUAUACACGUAUAUGCAUCCUUAAGGGCAACUAAGUUGUACGACGACUACCUGUAUAUAGAUAUACAUAUAAUCAGCCGCGACGCGUGUAAAAGGUAACUACACCAUUAUCUCUUGUAACAUAAGUUGUAUAUUUCGUAUCACGAGCCUACUGUUAUCGUUAUUUAUGUUUCGAUUCCGUGCUUGUCGAGGCGGCGAAGUGAACGACGUUCCCAAUUAAAAAAAAAACCCCCCUACAAAUACUUCAUCUUUCCCCGAGACUAAAGGAUCAGCGAGUAUUUUAGAAAGUAAGAAAUCCCGAGAUGAAAGAUCCUCGAAAGAAAGGCGAUUGAUAAAAACGUCCAUUUUCAGAAAGAGUACGUUCUUCGCGCGUUCCUCGCAAGCGCCUAAAUGAUUAUUAUCGCUGCUGCGGCGACUAGCUUUAGUGUAGAGCGUUAUAUUGUUAAUGCUUGUGUUGUGAAGACGUAUACACCUAUUGCUGUGCAAGCUGCUCCCUUGUAAAUAAACCCUAAUAAACUCUUGUA